AUGGAAGAAGAGAAAAGUACCAAACAAACGAACUAUCUCAGUGAUGAAGAUUUACACAAAAAAUAUAUCCAUCUUCGAGAAUGCAUCGAACUGGAGAAGGAUGACAUGGACAACUGCCACGUGAAGGAAAUGAAAAAAUUGCUCAUCACAGCAUUGUUAAAAUAUAAGGCCAUAAAAUUUGGUGAUUUUAUUUUAAAAUCAAAGAGAAAAUCAAAAUAUUUUUUUUCAAGUGGAGUAUUAAAUAACAUCGUUUCCGCACACAUUAUUUCGUUUUUAAUUUCUCAUUUAAUUUUAAAGGAAAAAAUUCCCUUUGAUUAUUUAUUGGGGGCAUCUUAUAAGGGCAUUCCAAUAGCAACCCUGACUAGCCACUUUUUAUUUCAGUCGAAUAAAUUUUCAAAUGUUUUUUACCUGUACGAUAGGAAGGAAAAAAAAGAUUAUGGUGACAAGACACUCAUUGUUGGGAACUUAGAUGAAGAAUUUAAUGGCGAUGUACACAAUGCAAAGGAUGAAAAGAACGAAAAAAAAGUAAUUAUAAUUGAUGAUGUCUUUACCUGUGGCACUGCCUUGACGGAAAUAAUGAACAAGCUAAAGUCAUAUCCCAACUUGAAGGUUGUUGCUUUCAUCGUUUUACUUAAUCGAAAUGAGUACGAACUGAAUGAGCACAAUGAAAAGGUGUAUUUCAAAGAUUUGUUUGAACAGAAACUCAAGGUCCCUCUUUACAGCAUUCUCAGUUACAACGAGGACCUGGAGCCCCUCAUGGGUUAG